AUGACGACGCGUAAUGUUCUCGCGUUCGAGCCUGACGGUCGCCCCAUCGAGUUCAUUGAGUGGCUCGACGAUCUCCAACUGUUCCUUCUGAUCAAUGCCAAAGACGGCGUUUCACUGUUCGAUUACAUGUCUGGCACUGCCGUUGCUCCUGCUGCCGAUGCUCCUGCUCUCGAACGCUCACAAUGGCAGACUCGCGAUGCUGCUGCACGCCUAGCUAUUAGGAACCAUCUGCAGAUCAUUGAGCGCACCAAUUUCAGCCAGCACAAAACUGCUAAGACACUGUACGACGCUGUAGUUCCAUGCUACUCCUCCCCGGCCACUGCAGCCCUAGCCCUAGACCCUACCACUCUCAUUGUCGACAACUUCGAGAAGCACCUUCUCGUAGCAGAGAAGAACAUCCUCGCUGUAGGUGCUUCUCGUGGUACUCCUCGCUCUCCUCUCUUGGAGGGGUGCUCCCACUCCCCUCUUACCCCCUCCUACGCCUCCGCAGCUGCUGCUCUCGACUACCUUGGUGCUGAGGAGGUCGGGGUUGCUUCCGUUCCUAGUGGGAAGCGCCGCAGCGGCAGGGGCGGCAAGGGUGGUAGGGGAGGUGGGGGUGGCGGUGGAGGUGGCGGUGGUGCAGGCGGUGGGGGAGGUGGAGGUGGUGGGGGUGGUCGUGGGAGUGGAGGUGGUGGAGGUGGUGGUGGGAACGGCGGAGGCACUGGGAGCGGUGGAGGUGGAAGCGGCGGUAGUGGGGGAGGAGGGAGCGGUGGUGGCAUUUGUGUGCUUGCACGUUUUUCCACUCUGCUUCCGUGUCCGGCGGUCCCAUCUGGUGAGUUGUCUGGUCUCCACCUCCCCUCGUUCUCUACGAGCUUGGUGAGCAACGCUGUCCUCUAG